GUUGUAAGUGUACGCUUUUGAACAGCUGAUCACCUGAUGGUUCUAGCCUUGUAGUUUCGUAAGCAACGGUAGAUUUUCAAACAGCUGUAAAUUCUAUUUUGCAAAAUUCAAAAGCAAAUUUAUAGGUAUACACUAUAAUACAGUGAACGGCCAUGAACAGUUGCAAUAAUUAAUAAGAAUUGAACAAUAAUUUGGAUUUUGCAUUUUUACCAAGAAAUAGAAAUUUUAUAAUCAGUUUCAAACUUCUUCAGUUUGGUAUUUAUGUAAGAGCUGGAAUCAAUUUCAAACUUUAAGUUGCCGACUAUUGAAAGGGCUAGAAUCAGUAAGCAUUGAUCUAAAAUGUCCAUCAAGAAUGCUCUCUCAAAACUUCCACCGGUAAAUAGACUGUACAAGUUUGAUAAGCCUACCAUCUUGGACUCAGACCUGUACAAAAGAUUGCCGGACGCCUACAAGAAGUUCUACAAAGAAUGGCGGAUGACCUUGCCCAGUCCAGUGCAUUAUGUACCCAAGCAAGGAAAGUGGGAGAAGAAUCCUAAACUGGCGUCCUACCAUCUUGGACUCAGACCUGUACAAAAGAUUGCCGGACGCCUACAAGAAGUUCUACAAAGAAUGGCGGAUGACCUUGCCCAGUCCAGUGCAUUAUGUACCCAGCAAGGAAAGUGGGAGAAGAAUCCUAAAACUGGCGUAAUUACACCGGUACAGAACAUCCCGAUACUGCCAGUGUUUCCGCGGGAGUCGAACCAGGGUCUGUGGGGCGGCGAGGGCGUGGUGAAGGGCUACGUGAAGCCGGGCAAGUAUGCCGAGAAGUCGGUCAAACUGUGGUUUCCCAUCCUGAAGCGAUCGGUCAUCCACAGUGAGGUGCUCGACAAACGUAUGACCACAAUCGUCACUCAGCGCACCAUCGAUCUCAUUAUCGAUCAUCAUGGUCUCGAUCACUACUUGCUAAAGACUCGAGCGUGUGAUAUCCAGUCAGAGUUGGGCUUGAAGUUGAAGAGAAAGAUCCUGAUGGCGUUGUUCUACAAAACCCUCUACAAAGAUGAUCCUAUAAAACAGGAGGAGAUCUACAAUAAGUACAAACACUACUUGAAAGAUUACACAGAAGAGGACAUAGAGUGGUACGGGCUGAACCAUUACGAGGCGUUGCGCAAGUUUGAAUAUUUGGAGAGAUGUCAAUCUGUUCAGCCGCCAUUGAAACACCAAUUCAGGAGCGAACUGAUCGAGCAAAUGAAGCAAGAAGUGAUUCAAAAGGCAUUGGACAGACAGAGUAAAGACGUAGAAGCCAAAGUGGAAUCAAAAACAUCAUGGAUAGACAAAAUGAAUCCAUUCGCCAAAAAGAGUUGAUAAUUCGCAAUAAUUGUUUUAAGGUACCUUUAGCUUUUUGAAAUAAAGUAGAUUGUUUUCUAUC